AUGCCAAUGCAGUUGAAGAUCCGUCGGAGCCAUUCAGGCUGCAGACCAUGCCGCAGAAGAGGCAAGCGGUGCGACGAGGCAAAGCCCAGCUGCCGGGCCUGCGCGAGGCUGUCCCUAGAAUGCAGCUAUGGAGUCAACUUUAGCUUCCGCAAUACCAACGGGGUGCAGUUUCUGCAGCAUGCUGCAUCCCGAUUAGAUUAUCCUUCCAACGGGCCAUGCAUAAUUGGCGUUAAUAUCUCCAACUCCCUCGGCAAGAUUUCAAAUGCAGCGAUACCAGCCGCGCUUAGCUCUGAGGACAAUCUUGAGUUCGGCUACCUCAACCAUUUCCGGGAACAUGUGCGCCAUCUUCUGCCUGCAGUGUCUCCACAAAUCGCAGACGGAUUCCUUCAGUCUCCUUGUCUUUGGUACGCUGUGCUCUGCAUCUCGGCAUCAAAUCUCUCGAUGCUGAAUGCGCGAGUUCAGAGCCGCACUCUGGUCGGUAACAGUCGGCGAUCUGUGUUCAGCCCACUUGUGAAUAUUUUGCAUCACAAUAAUGCCCAAAAAUAUCACAAUAUGGCGCUCGAGUACUACUCCAAUGCCAAGCAAGAGGAGGUCAAGCAUCAGGCACCUGCACUCCUUGCUGCACAUGUUCUCCUCGCCUAUUACCACCAUGCGUCGACGGAUCAUUUGAGCUUCCGGCUGGCGGUCGAAAAUUCUGUGCGCUUUGUUUUGCAGAAUCGAGCGAGCAUAAUGGACUCACGCGAUGGGGCUGGAUCGUUGCAAAUGUGGUACCGUCUAUGUGCAUCCCAUCGACCGGCAAAGCCACCUGCGCUGAUUCUUGAAGGAGCCGGGGCUAGUAUCAUUGGACCGAAUCCCCUUCCAGAUGUUUCUGAGCAUCUAUACCUUCGCUGCAUAUUGGACAUGAAUGUGGACGACCUUAUCUACGACAUUCUCAUCAAGACGCUGGAGAUUAGGACAAAAUUGGUUGUUUUUCGCAGUGUAGCAGGUAGUUGCCAGAUAUCUGAGCUGUCGAGUGAGAUUGGUAGUCUCGCGUAUGAGAUCAUGAACAAAAUGCUCGGAAGACAAUGUGUACCGGAUGAGCUUACAGAAGCCCGGGAAGGCUGUGUGCGAGGCUCACAUUUACUGGCCUUGUUGGAGGUUCAAAAAGAGAGAUUAAAGGUGUGGCGAUCCAGACUCCACACUGAUCGACUGUUCGAACAUAAUUCGCCUUUUGCUGAAAGAUUUCUGACCCAUCGAGACGCCAUGAACGCCUUGUAUUACAUGCUCUGUGAAAUCACUUUCGUUGAAGCUAAUGCGGGUCCUUCAUCGGAAGGGACACAGGCGUAUUCUGCAAAUAUUGCCAGUAUGGCGCACCAUAUGUGUCAGAUUGCCGGUCAACUGAGUUUCAGUAUGUCGAAUACGUCGGAUGUAUACACGCUUAGUGUGGCGGAGGUGCUGCUCCAACUUGCAUUCGCCUGCCGCUCUGAUGGACUCUUUCACCACAUCUUAGAUUCCCUCUGGCCGCAGCUUGAGAUGGGCGGUAAAGGCUAUGAGCACUCCCACUACCCCACACAUCUCGUCAAGCGGAUUAUAGCCCAAGUUGCAGCCUACUGGGAGAAAGGCCGAGCAGUAACUUUUGCUUUGCCGGCAGUUGCAGAAAACAUAUCGAAACUAAGGCUGCUGGAUAUCGAUCGUCCCGUCGACCUGGUGGUCUGCGGCUAUAACAAGGAUGGGCAGCAUUUCAUUGAAAAGGCUCUACUUCCGUAA